AUGGGGAUCCGCAAUGUUUGGAAGAAAUUGGACUCUGUGCGACGCUUGGUGUCGCUACUUGAAUUGGCUGUUCGCGAAGGCUUUUUAAGAAAUGCACGAAAUACUAGGUCCUUGGUUGUAGGAAUUGAUGCAAGUGCUGAUGAGCAAGACAGUGUAUGGAUUGUUGAAUGCCAGGCCGUGUUCUAUGUGCAGGGCCUCCACACUCAAGCUGGUGAAAAUCCAGAGCUUCGCACACUUUUCUUCCACUUGGCCCAUCUUCUUCGUUAUCCAAUCACCGUCAUAUUUGUUUUUGAUGGUCCCGAGAGGCCUGAUUAUAAGCGCCGUACGGUGGUCAAGAAAAAGGAGCAUUGGGUCAUCAAACACUUCUCUGAGAUCAUUCAAGACUUUCGCUACAAAUUUCACCAAGCCCCAGGUGAGGCAGAAGCGGAACUAGCCGCUUUCGAAAGACAUGGCAUCAUCGACUUUGCCAUCACAUCGGAUAGCGAUUAUUUUCUUUUUGGUGGAACAAGGCUUAUUCGAAGGUUGGUGUUGAGAGAAUAUGUCAGUCUCCACAUGAAGAAGCAGGGCAAUGACGAUGCCGAGAUCUACACAACAAAAGAUUCCGCGAAAACGGAGGGUCAAAACCAUUUAAGCCGGGCUGGUUUCUUGUUGAUUGCUGUAUUGAAUGGUGCGGAUUAUGAUACUGCUGGCCUGCCAGGAUGUGGCAUCGUCACUGCAACCAAGCUAGCAUCCACGGCUUUAGCCACAGAUUUGCUCGCAGCUGCGGAAGCCAUGACUGAAACACAGCUUGAGGUUUACCUUAAAAAAUGGCGACAUCAGCUACAGAAGGUCUUGGCCACCAAUCCCCGUCAUAACCUUCCGAGUCACUGCACCACAUUGGUGACAAAGGUCCCUGAGAACUUUCCUGAUCCCCACAUUGUUUACCUUUAUGCUAAUCCUGUCACAUCCUGGUCUCGCAGAGGGAUCGGCCCUAACCUUGGUGACCUUUCGCCUCAGUUCCCUGAUACAGAAAAGCUCGCCUUUCAUCGCGAGCGUCUGUUUGGAUGGGGAACAGCCAUCAUUGACAAGUUUUACAGCCAUGUCUGGCCCGGCUACUGCAUCCGCACCUUUUCGCAGGACCUUCGUUCCCUUCAAUAUCCAUUCCAUUCGUGCACCCCAACAGCCACUGCCGUAGAAGGCAUCGUACCCGAUAUUGUCACGAUGGUGGAUACAGACUCCCACCUUGAUCUGAAGGCCAUCGCACUCCAUCCUCGUAACGCCAAAUACAAUCCACAGGCCGACAUCGACAAUCCACAUCGCUACAUUUAUAUUGAUUCACAAUACACACUGUUUCGAGAACAGCUCAUUCGAUGUACACAGCUUGUUGUUCUCGAAAUAAGAGAGAAACACUCAACCUUGGGCAAUGAUCAAGUAGUAUAA